AGGGUGAGCGGACAGAGAGGAAAGGGUGAAAAGAGGAAGACAAGCAAACAUUACUAUAGAAGGAAGCGGACCGAAACACGCGGUAACUUGACAAGGAAGUUACAUGCAGCAUUAAGGGAGCUGUCUUCUUGCAACACGGACACCCUUCGAGCGCCUGCAACCUAACAGCAACCAUGUCGAGUGCAGAGAAGUUUCUUUACGUCGACCGCAACUCGAUCAACAACCCCCUGGACCAGGCCGACUGGGCUUCCAAGAAGCUGGUAUGGGUGCCAUCGGAGAGGACGGGCUUCGAGGCGGGCUCCAUCAAGGAGGAGAAGGGGGAUGAGUGUAUCGUGGAGCUCGCAGACUCGGGCAAGAAGAUCAAGGUGAACAAGGAUGACAUCCAGAAGAUGAACCCACCUAAAUUCAACAAGGUGGAGGACAUGGCUGAGCUCACCUGUCUCAAUGAGGCCUCUGUGCUGCACAACCUCAAGGACCGAUACUACUCCGGCCUCAUCUAUACAUACUCAGGGCUUUUCUGUGUGGUGAUCAACCCCUACAAGCACUACCCCAUCUACUCUGAGGAGAUUGUGGACAUGUACAAGGGCAAGAAGAGGCACGAGAUGCCACCUCACAUCUAUGCCAUCACAGAUACGGCCUACAGGAGCAUGAUGCAGGAUCGUGAGGACCAGUCCAUCCUGUGCACGGGUGAGUCAGGUGCUGGAAAGACUGAGAACACAAAGAAGGUCAUACAGUACCUGGCUCAUGUUGCAUCAUCAUUCAAGAUCAAGAAAGACCCGAGCAGUGCGGUCCUGUCUCAUGGAGAGCUGGAGAAGCAGCUGCUGCAGGCCAACCCCAUCCUGGAGGCCUUUGGUAAUGCCAAGACGGUCAAGAACGACAAUUCCUCCAGAUUUGGGAAGUUCAUCAGGAUCAACUUUGAUGUGAAUGGCUAUAUUGUUGGGGCCAAUAUAGAAACUUAUCUUCUUGAGAAAUCUCGUGCCAUUAGACAAGCCAAAGAGGAAAGGUCAUUCCAUUUCUUCUACUACAUGCUGGCCGGGGCAGGGGAUAAACAUCGCACCGAGUUGUGUCUAGAGAACCACAGCAAGUACCGCUUCUUGUCCAACGGCAACGUGACGAUCCCAGGCCAGCAGGACCGGGACAUGUUUGUGGAGACUGUUGAAGCCUUCAAGAUCAUGAGCAUUCCAGAGGAGGAACAGACAGGUCUGAUGAAGGUGGUGUCUGCUGUCCUACAGCUGGGUAAUAUGUCCUUCAAAAAGGAGCGCAACUCUGACCAGGCUUCCAUGCCUGAUGAUACUGCUGCACAGAAGGUUUGCCACCUCUUUGGCAUCAAUGUGACGGACUUCAGCCGUGCCAUCCUAUCACCCCGCAUCAAAGUGGGCCGUGACUAUGUGCAGAAGGCUCAGACGCAGGAGCAGGCCGAGUUUGCCAUCGAGGCCCUGGCCAAGGCCACCUAUGAGCGGAUGUUCCGCUGGCUGGUCAUGCGCAUCAACAAAGCCCUGGACAAGACCAAACGCCAGGGGGCCUCUUUCAUCGGGAUCCUUGACAUUGCUGGAUUUGAGAUCUUUGAGCUAAACUCCUUCGAGCAGCUCUGCAUUAACUUCACCAACGAGAAGCUUCAGCAGCUGUUCAACCACACCAUGUUCAUCCUGGAGCAGGAAGAGUACCAGAGGGAGGGCAUCGAGUGGAGCUUCAUCGACUUCGGCCUGGACCUGCAGCCCUGCAUUGACCUCAUCGAGAGGCCUUCUGGUCCUCCAGGUAUCUUGGCCCUGCUGGACGAGGAGUGCUGGUUCCCCAAAGCCACGGACAAGACGUUUGUGGACAAGGUGUGUCAGGAGUUGGGUGACCACCCCAAGUUCCACAAGCCGAAGAAGCUGAAGGAUGAUGCGGACUUCUGUGUUACUCACUAUGCUGGAAGGGUGGACUAUAAAGCAAACGAGUGGCUGAUGAAGAACAUGGAUCCUCUGAAUGACAAUGUAGUGUCUCUGCUCAACCAGUCCUCUGACAAGUUUGUGUCUGAACUGUGGAAAGAUGUGGAUCGUAUUGUUGGACUGGAUAAAGUGGCUGGAAUGGACUCUAUGCCUGGGGCCUUCAAGACACGUAAGGGUAUGUUCCGCACUGUUGGCCAGCUUUAUAAGGAGCAGCUCGGCAACCUGAUGACCACUCUGAGGAACACCAACCCCAACUUUGUCCGCUGUAUCAUCCCCAACCACGAGAAGAAGGCUGGUAAACUGGAGCCUGGGCUGGUCUUGGAUCAGUUGAGGUGCAACGGUGUCUUGGAGGGCAUCCGUAUUUGCAGACAGGGUUUCCCCAAUCGAAUCGUCUUCCAGGAGUUCAGACAGAGGUAUGAGAUCCUCACUCCCAGUGCAAUUCCCAAAGGGUUCAUGGAUGGCAAACAAGCUUGUGUCCUCAUGGUCAAAGCCCUGGAGCUGGACCCCAACCUCUUUAGGAUCGGCCAGAGCAAAGUGUUCUUCCGUGCUGGAGUCCUGGCCCACCUGGAAGAAGAGCGGGACCUGAAGAUCACCGAUGUCAUCAUCAGCUUCCAGGCCUGGUGCAGGGGCUAUGUUGCACGCAAAGCUUUUACUAAGAGGCAGCAGCAGCUAACUGCUAUGAGGGUGAUCCAGAGGAACUGUUCCGCCUACCUCAAACUCAAGAACUGGCAGUGGUGGAGACUCUUCACCAAGGUGAAGCCGCUGCUGCAGGUCACCAGGCAGGAGGAGGAGAUGUUUGCCAAAGAGGAGGAGCUGGUCAAGGUCAAGGAGAUGCAGCUGCAGGCCGAGCAGCAGCUCAAGGACUUUGAGAGCAAGCAGCAGCAGCUGAUGUCUGAGAAGCUGGCCCUGCAGGAGCAGCUGCAGGCCGAGAUGGAGCUUUGUGCAGAGGCUGAGGAAGUGCGGGGGCGCCUGACGGCCAGGCAGCAGGAGCUGGAGGGGAUCCUCCACGACCUCGAGUCUCGUGUGGAGGAGGAGGAGGAGCACGUUGCCCAGAUGCAAUCUGAGAAGAAGAAGAUGCAGCAGAACAUCUCGGAGCUGGAGCAGCAGCUGGACGAGGAGGAGGCCGCCAGGCAGAAGCUGCAGCUGGAGAAGGUCACCAUGGACGCCAAGCUGAAGAAGAUUGAAGAGGAUGUCAUGCUGCUGGACGACCAAAACAACAAGCUCAACAAGGAGAAGAAACAGAUGGAGGAGAGGAUCUCUGAGUUCACGGCCAUCCUGGCAGAAGAGGAGGAGAAGUCCAAGAGUCUGCAGAAGCUCAAGAACAAACAUGAGGCCAUGCUCACCGACUUGGAAGACCGCCUGCGUAAGGAGGAGAAGCAGCGUCAGGAGCUGGAGAAGAACCGGCGCAAGCUGGAGGGCGACUCCCAUGAGCUCAGCGACCAGCUCGCCGAGCUGCAUGCCCAGAUCGCCGAACUCCGCGCUCAGCUGGCCAAGAAGGAGGAGGAGCUUCUGGCCGCUUUAGCCAGGAUUGAGGAGGAGGCUGCCCUGAAGAACUCUGCACAGAAGAAGAUCCGGGAGCUGGAGGCUCAGCUGUCUGAGCUGCAGGAGGACCUGGAGCUGGAGAAGGGGGCGCGUGGCAAGGCCGAGAAACACCGGCGCGACCUGGCCGAGGAGCUGGAGGCCCUCAAGACCGAGCUGGAGGACACGCUGGACACCACUGUUGCCCAGCAGGAGCUCAGAGCUAAGCGAGAGUCUGAGGUAACUGAGCUCAAGAAGACUCUGGAGGAUGAGGCCAAGUCCCAUGAGCUGAUGCUGGCUGAAGUGCGCCAGAAGCACAACCAGGCAUUCGAAGUGCUCAACGAACAGCUCGAGCAGGCUAAACGGAACAAGGUGUCAAUGGAGAAAAUGAAGCAGUCCCUGGAGAGUGAGCGCAAUGAGCUGCAGAUCGAGCUGAAGUCGCUGUCUGACGGCAAGAACGACUCGGAGCACCGCAGGAAGAAGGCCGAGUCCCAGAUGCAAGAGCUCCAAAUUAAACACACGGAGAGCGAGAAGCAGAGGCAAGAGCUGGCCAGCAGAGUGGCCAAGAUGCAGGCUGAGUUGGAGCAUGUAAACAGCUCACUGACUGAAGUGGAGAGUAAGUCCAUUAAAGCCUCCAAGGACUGUUCUUCUUUGGAGUCCCAGCUUCAGGAUGUGCAGGAGCUCCUUGAAGAGGAGACACGACAGAAACUGUCUCUGUCCUCCAAGCUGAGGCAGCUGGAGGACGAGCAGAGCAACCUGCGGGAGAUGCUUGAGGAAGAGGAGGAGGCCAAGAAGAACGUGGAGAAGCAGCUGCACACCGCACAGGCCCAGAUGGCUGAGGUGAAGAAGAAGGUGGAGCAGGAGGCUCUGUCCCUGGAGGGUGCGGAGGAGGGCAAGAAGCGCCUGCAGCGCGAGAUGGAAGCCAUCAUGCUGCAGAUGGAUGAGAAGAACUCGGCCUACGACAAGCUGGAGAAGACCAGGACCCGGCUGCAGCAGGAGCUGGACGACAUGCUAGUGGACCAGGACCACCUGCGCCAGAUCGUCACCAACCUGGAGAAGAAGCAGAGGAAGUUUGACCAGAUGCUGGCAGAGGAGAAGACCAUCUCCAGUAAGUAUGCUGAGGAGCGCGACCGAGCCGAGGCUGAGGCCCGCGAGAAGGAGUCCCGGGCGCUGACCCUCACCCGGGAGCUGGAGACCAUGACCGACCAGAAGGACGACCUCGACCGUGCCAACAAGAUGCUCAAAGCUGAGAUGGAGAACUUGGUGUCCUCAAAGGACGAUGUUGGCAAGAGUAUCCAUGAGCUGGAGCGUGCCAAGAGAUCGAUGGAGCAGCAGCUUCUGGAGAUGAAGACUCAGGUGGAGGAGCUGGAGGACGAGCUGCAGCUCACAGAGGAUGCCAAGCUGCGUCUGGAGGUCAACAUGCAGGCCAUGAAGGCCCAGUUUGACCGGGACCUGCUGGGCAGAGACGAGAUGGGAGAGGACAAGAGGAAGCAGCUGAUGAAACAGGUGAAGGAGAUGGAGCUGGAGCUGGAGGACGAGCGCAAGCAGCGCACUCUGGCCAUGGCUGCCCGCAAGAAGAUGGAGCUCGACUUGUCCGACCUGGAGGCUCAAAUUGACAUGGCCAACAGGGCUCGAGACGAGGCCCAGAAACUCCUCAGGAAGCUGCAGGCCCAAAUGAAGGACCAGUUGCGGGAGUUUGACGAGCUGCGGAUGUCCAGGGAUGAAGCCCUCAACGAGGCCAAAGAGAACGAGCGCAAGAUCAAAAGCAUGGAGGCUGAGAACUUUCAGUUCCAUGAGGAUCUCGCCACAGCUGAACGGGCCAAGAGACAGAUGCAGACUGAGCGAGAUGAGCUGCAGGAUGAGAUCACCAACCAGACUAGCAAGAACUCUCAGCUGAAUGAUGAGAAGAGGAAGCUGGAAGCCCGCAUUGCCCAGCUUGAGGAAGAGCUGGAAGAGGAGAACCUUAACAAUGAGCUGAUCAACGAUCGAAUGAGGAAGGCCAAUCUGCAGUGCGACCAGCUGACCACCGAGCUCUCAGCAGAGCGCAGUAACUGCCAGGUCCUGGAGGGCUCACGCUCCCAAAUGGACCGCCAGAACAAGGAGCUGAAGCUGAAACUACAGGAGAUGGAGGACUCGGUCAGGUCCAAAUACAAGUCCACCAUCACCUCCCUGGAGGCCAAGAUCGCGGCGCUUGAAGAGCAGCUGGACACUGAAACUAGAGAAAGACAGCAGGCCUCUAAACUGGUGCGGCGCACAGAGAAGAGGCUUAAGGAAGCCAUUUUACAGAUUGAUGAUGAGAGACGCAACACAGACCAACACAAAGAUCAGGCCGACAAGCUGAAUGUCCGCAUGCGCCAGCUGAAGAGACAGCUUGAGGAGGCUGAGGAGGAGUCGACACGAGCCAAUGCCUUCCGCAGAAAGCUGCAAAGAGAACUGGACGAAGCCACAGAGUCUGCAGACCUCAUGAACCGUGAAGUCAGCUCUCUAAAGGGCAAACUCCGGCGUGGGGACUACUCUGUCAAUGUGAGAAGGCUUGUUGGUCGUACAGGCAUGGAUGGCAGCGAUGACGAGACGGAGGUGAAGAGUGAGACCCCUGAGCCCACACCGGAGUGAGCACCACCCCCACCCACCCGCCCGCCACCCUCACCCUCACCCCCACCACCGCCACCCUCACCCCCACGCCACCCUCACCCACCCACCCGCCCGCCACCCUCACCCCCCCACCCGCCCGCCACCCUCACCCCCACCACUGCUCAGAUGAUUGGAAUUGCUUACCUCACCUAUCCGAUCUUACGCUCCCGCCUUAAUUGUCACGUGCUUGAAAUGAAAAUGCCAUCUGGGACCUGCUUUUACAUGUAAUCAUGUCUUGACUUACGUGCAGUGUAAAGACAGCAAUACACAAUGUUUAUACACAAGCAAUACACAAUGUUUAUAAAUGGAACAUAUAAGCACUCAGGAUUUUGGUGAAAUUAACAUAUAAGAGAUUUAUUCAAAUAACUGCAGUUUGUUCACUUUUAACUCUCUCUGUUUUUUUUUGUUUUUUUUAUCAGUAUUUUUUCUACUUUACUUGAAUACCUUUAAAGUACCUACAGUACAUUCCUGUGCACAUUUAGUUCUCUUUGGAUGUUACCACUUCUACAGCUUACCACAGUUGUCUUUCUACCUCUCUUGUUUUUAGAGGCUUGUUGCAACUGAAUCUUACUGUACACGUUUUUUGAAGACUUAAUAAAUUACAAAAUGCUGUUUACAAAGUCUCACCAAAAUCAACAGUUCACACUGAAACGGUCAUAUUUGUUAAUGCUGUUUAAGGUGGGAACUGCUGUCUUGUACCGCCUUAAAAACAAUCUCCAUUUCUGAACGGGCUCAUUUUUUUUCCCUUGCGUUUUUGUCUUUCUGUUAAAGAUAUUUGGGUGAUGAUGCCACUAGGGGUUAAAUAUAAAUGUAUGCUUGCAAUUAAUCCAUUUUAAACAUUUAUAGUUUGCUUACUGUGACCAAUACAUUGUAUCUACUGUUGGUUCAUUUAAUGUUUAUUUGCAUUUCAAUAAAGUUUAUGGUAUAACUUG